ACCUGUUUAUAAUGCAGCACAGUCCGUCUCCGUAACUCUUCCGUCAAAAGAUGGCGGAGUAUGUAAACCUUGUCCGAAGGGCUUUGGGGCAGAUAGGAGGUCACGGUGGAGUCCGGGGUUUUUUCCUCCAGUUAUUCAGGGUGAAUGAUGUGAAGACAGGAACCCUGAUCGGUGUGGAUAAAUAUGGGAACAAAUACUAUGAGGACAAGAAGCACUACUUCUUUGGACGUCACCGCUGGGUGAUCUACACCACAGAGAUGAACGGAAAGAAAACCUUGUGGGAGGUGGACGGCAGCAUGGUGCCUGCUGAAUGGCAUCGCUGGCUGCACUGUAUGACAGACGACCCCCCGACCACACACCCACCAGAGCCCAAGAAGUUCCUGGCUGAGAUCCACCAGUUCAACGUGAGCGGCAGCCCCCAGCAGUACGUGCCCUAUCCCACCACCCGCCAGAAGAUCCACGAGUGGGUUCCACCCAAAGCUGGAACUCAAUGAAAACCUCGACUGCACAUUUCAUUUUUCCACUCUGUAAAUUAUGGUUCCCUGCCGCUGUAUCAAACAUGUCCUGAAUAAAAUCUCUACACAGAC